AUGCCUAUCUCUAUCCCCUUAGUAUCACUUUGGCUCGGUUUCGCCGCGACACAUCAUAUUCCACACAUAAUUGCCGUCGAAAAACGACAAGCUCCCGACGAAGAAUGGCAUAGAGACUACGACGUUUUCCCGAACACCUACAUCGAUCCCAAAUGCACCGAGCAACAGAUAGGGAUAAUCAAGAGCGCCUGGUACGACUCAAAGCUGCUCGCCGACGCGCAAACCAACCAACAGGGGGGCUACGACUACAACGUACCGCAUUCGAUGUGGUUAGGCAAAGACUGGGUAAGAUGGGAUAACAGUCAUUCUAACGCCGCAGCAGCAACCAACAGACACACAUUCGCUAUCUGGCAGAACUUUGAAAACCUGAAGAAGCUGUACGCCGGGACGCCAACAUCAGGCGGGAAUUUUCAAAUCCUUUGGUAUUGCGAUGAUAUUUAUAAUGCUUGUGACGGAAGUACACACGCUUAUUACAAUAAUCAGCAGUUAGCCAGCGAAGACUUGGAGAUUCACAGUACGAUUUUCUGUGAUAGGUUCUUCGCGGCAGAGUCGUUGGGAGUGCAAAUGGAGAGACAUAAAGAUAAUCCACGCGAGCGGCUCAUUAUUGAUAACUACGAGACGAGUACAGCGGUGACGAUGUUGCACGAGGUCUACCACUACAAACAUCUCGUGGCUUAUCCGUCGACCAAGGACGAUGCGUACCAUGCGCAGAAGUGCUAUGAUCUGGCUCAUGAUCAGGGCACCCCUGGAGUGUAUAGAAACGCAGACUCGUAUGCUUUGGACGCUUUGGCUAUUUACUUGCAGCGGCAUUGGCAGACUGUUAUUCCUCCUGCUCCGCAAGAGUGGAUUGAUGAUUAUAUGCCGGCGAGUGAUCCUGAUUGGGAGAAUAUGAAGCGUUUCGAACAUGAUGGCAGAGAUAGCGUUGCUGGCAAUUAA